AUGCCUGCAAAAGAGACCUUUGGCAAUCCAGCUCCGUGGGCUGAGCCAGCCUGGUGCCAUGGAAUUCCAUCUCCAUACUACAACGACUCCCACAAGAAGCUCCGCAACACCGUCCGAGAAUAUGUAAACACAAAUAUCCUCCCCGACUCAUUAGAAUGGGAAGAGAAGGGCGAAGCCCCCAAAGAAGCCAGACUACAGUGGGCCAAAUCAGGUUUUGCCUUUAGCGACGUUCCCCUCGAAUACAGACCCAAGGACAUUCCAUUCCCAGCCGGUAUUCCCAUCAACGACCUCGAUCCCUUCCACAUGCUUGUCCAGACAGACGAGACUUCCCGCGUUGAAGGCGGUGUUACAUCAUGUCUAGGAGGCGGUUCGGUGAUUGGUAUCCCACCUGUAAUCCACCACGGAACUCACGAACAGAAACAAAAAUGGCUUCCGGGCCUCUUUACUUGGGAAACAAGUUUCUGUCUCGGAAUCACGGAACCUUCGGGAGGUUCAGACGUCGCAAACAUUCAAACCACAGCCGAAAAGACUGCAGAUGGGAAACACUACAUCGUAAACGGCUGGAAGAAAUGGAUUACCGGCGCACCUUGGGCAACACACAUGACAACCGCCGUUCGCACUGGAGGUCCCGGAGCAAUAGGAAUCUCAGUGCUCGUAAUCCCCACCGAUUCCAAAGGUCUCAGCAUGCGACGCAUCCCAAACAGCGGUCAAAAAGCCGGUGGAGCAUCGCUCGUCGAACUCGACGAUGUCAAAGUCCCCGUGGAAAAUCUCCUCGGCAAAGAAAAUGAAGGGUUCCGCGUCAUCAUGGUGAAUUUCAACCGGGAGAGAUAUAUCAUGUCGGUAGCCAUGAACCGGAAAGCUCGCACUUGUUUAUCCAUUGCAUUCGAUUACGCGAACAAGCGAGAGACGUUUGGCAAGAAGCUCGUCGAGAAUCAAAUCAUCGCGGCGAAAUUCACGACUUUGGCGAGGUAUAUUGAGAGUCAUUGGGCUUGGUUGGAGGCGAUUGCGUAUGCGGUCAAGGAAUCUCCGUAUGGAUUUCAGGAUCCUGAUGUUGCGGGACGAAUUGCUUUGGCGAAAGUGCAGGGUGGGAGGAUUCAGGAGUUGGCGAACCGUGAGGCGCAGCAGGUUCUGGGUGGGGCGGGAUAUCAAAAGGGAGGCCCGGGAGCACCGGUGGAGCAGAUGUCGAGAGAUUUGAGGAUGAAUGUUGUGGGAGGGGGGAGUGAGGAGAUUAUUGGAGAUUUGGCGGUUAGGCAGGAGACUAUGUUGGCUAAGAGGAGAGGGUGGAAGUUGUGA